CUGCCCCCCCGAGACGGGUGCUCCCCACAGCCCCGCUGAUGGGCGAAGACACUGACGCCACCCUGACGCUCAACCACCGCGGCUUCCUCCCUGACCACAACUAUGUGACUGAAGCUGAUAUCAUCUCUACAGUAGAGUUCAACCACACAGGAGAGCUCUUGGCCACGGGGGACAAGGGGGGGCGAGUGGUCAUCUUCCAAAGGGAACCUGAAAGCAAGACUGAACCUUUCUCCCAGGGAGAGUACAAUGUCUACAGCACCUUCCAGAGCCAUGAGCCUGAAUUUGACUACCUUAAGAGUCUGGAGAUCGAGGAGAAGAUCAAUAAGAUCCGAUGGCUGCCUCAGCAGAACGCCGCCCACUUCCUCCUCUCCACCAAUGAUAAAACCAUUAAAUUGUGGAAGGUCAGCGAAAGAGAUAAACGGCCGGAGGGAUAUAACCUUAAGGAUGAGGAGGGUCGCAUCAAGGACAUUUCCACUGUCACCUCCCUACAGGUGCCGGUGCUGAAGCCCAUGGACCUGAUGGUGGAGGUGAGUCCGCGGCGUGUGUUUGCCAACGCCCACACCUACCACGUCAACUCCAUCUCCGUCAACUCUGACUGUGAGACCUACAUGUCAGCGGACGACCUGAGGAUCAACCUCUGGCACCUGGGCAUCACCGACCGCAGCUUCAACAUCGUUGACAUCAAGCCAGCCAACAUGGAGGAUCUGACGGAGGUGAUCACGGCGGCAGAGUUUCACCCCCACCACUGUAACUUAUUUGUCUACAGCAGCAGCAAGGGCACCCUGCGCCUCUGUGACAUGAGAGAGGCAGCAUUGUGCGACAAGCACUCCAAAUUGUUUGAGGAGCCGGAGGACCCCAGCGCCCGCUCCUUCUUCUCAGAGAUCAUCUCCUCUGUGUCGGACGUCAAGUUCAGCCACAGUGGCCGUUAUCUGCUCACCAGGGACUACUUAACGGCCAAAGUCUGGGACCUUCACAUGGAGAGCAAGCCCUUGGAGACAUAUCAGGUUCACGAUUACCUCCGCAGCAAGUUGUGCUCCCUCUACGAGAACGACUGCAUUUUCGACAAAUUCGAGUGUGCCUGGAACGGCUCGGACAGCGUGAUCAUGACGGGGGCGUACAACAACUUCUUCCGCAUGUUCGACCGGAACACCAAGCGCGACGUGACCUUGGAGGCGUCCCGCGAGAGCAGCAAGCCCCGGGCCGUCCUGAAGCCGCGGAGGGUCUGCGCCGCCGGCGGAAAGCGCCGGAAGGACGACAUCAGCGUGGAUAGCCUGGACUUUACGAAGAAGAUCCUCCACACCGCCUGGCAUCCCACGGAGAACAUCAUCGCCAUCGCCGCCACCAACAACCUGUACAUCUUCCAGGACAAACUCAACUCCGAGAUGCAUUAG